GGCACAGCUGUCAGCACCAAGGACAGCACGCUCAGCUCCGAGCCUCGCGUCAGUGUGAACACUUCAGAGCGGAGCCGCAUAUCCAGCCCACACAGGAACGAAGAGCGUGUAUACAGCACAAAGGGAACCGCUACAGAGCUCGGGAAAUUGUCUAAUUUAUUUUUCAUCCACUGUUACUUAAUCUUCAGAUUGAGAAAACUGCAAUGGAGGAGAACGUGAGCUAGCCUAUCAUUGUUAUGCAAACAGCGGUUGGGGAGUCCUAAUGACUAGAUGCACAUUCCUCCGCAGUGCACAUAAAUCUUCUGUCAAGAAUUUCUACUCUUUAUAGGCUACGGUGGCGUUGUGAUUUCAAUCGAGUCGUGCCACCUAAAAGCCGGUCAAGCCGACCCGCCAACAGGGAGAAAAACUACCGGGAUCCGCUGUACGGUGUGGUCGUUCACACGAUGCGUCUGUUUCUGCUGGCGGUGCUUUUCUCGUGCUCCUGUGCGCGGGCCGGAUGUGAGCCAAAGAUAGUUAACAUCGGUGCCGUCUUGAGUCAGAAAAGGUACGAGCAGGUGUUUAAGGAUGCGGUGACUCAAGCAAACCAGAUAUAUGGGAGAGACAAAUUCAAGCUGACCGCCAUCUCCGUAACUCACAAACCCAAUGCCAUUCAGAUGGCACUCUCCGUCUGUGAAGACCUCAUCUCCAGCCAGGUGUACGCCAUCCUGGUGAGCCACCCUCCCCAGUCCAACGACCACCUGACCCCCACCCCUGUGUCCUACACCGCUGGGUUCUACCGCAUCCCUGUGGUGGGGCUCACCACCCGCAUGUCCAUCUACUCUGACAAGAGCAUCCACCUGUCCUUCCUACGCACCGUCCCACCCUACUCCCACCAGGCCCACGUCUGGUUCGACAUGAUGCGCGAGUUCCGCUGGAACCACAUCAUCCUCAUCGUCAGCGACGACCACGAGGGGCGGGCCGCCCAGAAGAGGCUGGAGACACUCCUGGAAGAGAGAGAGACGAAGAAUAAAAAAAGGAACUAUGAAAACCUCGACCAACUGUCCUUUGACAACAAGCGAGGACCUAAGGCAGAGAAAGUCCUCCAGUUCAGCCAGGAGACUAACUUAACUGCCCUGCUGCUGGAGGCUAAAGAGCUGGAGGCCCGAGUCAUCAUCCUCUCCGCCAGCGAAGAGGACGCUGCGUCUGUUUACAAGGCGGCCCGCUUCCUCAACAUGACGGGGUCCGGUUACGUGUGGCUGGUGGGAGAACGAGAGAUGUCCGGUAAAGCCCUGAGCGAGGCGCCAGACGGUCUCAUCGGCCUCCAGCUCAUCAACGGAAAGAACGAGUCGGCGCAUAUCACCGACGCCGUGGCCGUGGUGGCGCAGUCCAUCCAGGAGCUGUUCGAGAAGGAGAACAUCACGGAGCCCCCCAGGGGAUGCGUCGGAAACACAAACAUCUGGAAAACGGGGCCUCUGUUUAAGCGGGUUCUGAUGUCAUCAAAAUACCCAGAAGGCCUCACAGGACGCGUGGAGUUCAACGACGACGGAGACAGGAAGUUUGCCCACUACAGUAUCCUCAACUACCAGAAGACUCGACUUGUUCAAGUUGGCAUCUACAACGGAACACAGGUGGUCAUGAAUAAUCAGAGGAAGAUCAUCUGGCCGGGCGGAGAGACUGAGAAGCCACGGGGCUUCCAGAUGUCGACCAGACUAAAGAUAGUCACCAUACACCAGGAGCCCUUUGUGUAUGUGAAACCAACUAUGCAGGAUGGUACCUGUAGUGAAGAAAAAGCACUUAAUGGAGUAACUAUUAAAAAGGUGAUCUGCACUGGACCUAAUGAGACCAUCCCAGGACGCCCAAUCGUUCCCCAGUGUUGUUUUGGUUUCUGUGUGGAUCUCCUCAUCAAGCUGGCUGGAGACAUGAACUUCACCUACGAGGUGCACCUAGUGGCUGAUGGGAAAUUCGGAACGCAGGAGCGGGUGAACAACAGCAACAAGAAGGAGUGGAAUGGGAUGAUGGGGGAGCUGCUGGGAGGCCUUGCAGACAUGAUCGUAGCCCCGCUGACUAUAAACAACGAACGAGCCCAAUACAUCGAAUUCUCCAAACCUUUUAAGUACCAAGGCCUGACUAUCCUAGUUAAAAAGGAAAUCCCUCGCAGUACUCUGGACUCGUUCAUGCAGCCGUUCCAGAGCACACUGUGGCUGCUGGUGGGUCUGUCGGUGCAUGUGGUGGCGGUGAUGCUUUACCUACUAGACCGGUUCAGCCCAUUUGGAAGGUUCAAAGUGAACAGUGAAGAAGAAGAAGAAGACGCCCUCACCUUGUCGUCCGCUAUGUGGUUCUCCUGGGGAGUGUUGCUCAACUCUGGGAUAGGAGAAGGCGCGCCGCGCAGCUUCUCAGCGAGAAUCCUGGGCAUGGUGUGGGCCGGCUUCGCCAUGAUCAUAGUGGCAUCCUACACAGCCAACCUGGCUGCCUUCCUGGUGCUGGACCGGCCUGAGGAGCGCAUCACCGGCAUCAACGACCCGAGGCUGAGAAACCCAUCAGACAAGUUCAUCUACGCCACGGUGAAGCAGAGCUCCGUGGACAUCUACUUCCGGCGGCAGGUGGAACUCAGCACCAUGUACCGCCACAUGGAGAAGCACAACUAUGAGUCUGCCGCCGAGGCCAUCCAGGCCGUACGAGACAACAAGCUGCAUGCUUUCAUCUGGGACUCUGCGGUGCUGGAGUUUGAAGCCUCGCAGAAGUGCGACCUUGUGACCACGGGAGAGCUGUUUUUCCGUUCGGGCUUUGGCAUAGGCAUGCGCAAGGACAGCCCCUGGAAACAGAACGUGUCCCUGGCCAUUCUCAGUUCCCAUGAGAACGGCUUCAUGGAAGACCUAGACAAAACCUGGGUGAGAUACCAGGAGUGUGACUCAAGGAGCAAUGCCCCAGCCACACUCACCUUUGAGAACAUGGCAGGAGUCUUCAUGCUGGUGGCCGGAGGCAUCGCAGCAGGGAUCUUCCUCAUCUUUAUCGAGAUCGCCUACAAGCGCCAUAAAGACGCCCGCAGGAAGCAGAUGCAGCUGGCCUUUGCGGCUGUCAACGUCUGGAGGAAGAACCUGCAGGACAGCAAGGACGCUCCAGGGAGCCAGUCGCUGGGGCCGGCCGGGACCCCCUCGUUACCCUCUUCCUCUCUAGAGACACAAGAUGAUAGGAAAAGUGGUAGAGCAGACCCUGAGCCCAAACAGAAAGCCUCUUUUAGGUCCAUCAGUACCAACCUGGCCUCCAGCAUCAAGAGACGUAGGUCCUCCAAAGAUACGCAGUACCCACCCACAGACAUCACGGGCCAGCUCAACUUGUCAGACCCGUCUGUCAGCACUGUGGUGUGAGAGGAAGGAGAGAGAGAGAGGGGGAAGGAGAGAGAGAGAGAUUCGCUCUUCAGAAAGAGAGGAAGAACGCGGUUGGGGAGACGGAGGGAGGUCAUCUCCCAGCUCCCCUCUUUGUGUGGCAGUCGUGGCUCUGCUGAGGAUCUGGACAGACUGCCUCUCCUUAAAAGAACUGGUUUACUCUUUUUGCACCUUUUUCAAGCUGGAACUAGUAUGGCUAAAGGUAGUUCUAGUGUUCCAAGCAUAACACACAGUGACACACUUAUUUUACUGAUAUUUUCACUUUUUCUUCUGUAUUUGUACUCUGCAAACUUAAGCUUAAAUGAUCUAGAUUUGGUCUUAUAGCAGACUUACUGCUGACAUUAUGAUGUAUGAUUUUACCACUUCUUGGUUAUAUCUAGCAACAUUGAAAAUGUUCCUGUUUUAGACAAGCUGUUAAUUAGGUGACUUCUGCGGACAAACAGUUUUGUUGCAGGUGCUUUACAUAUCAUGCUUUAACCUUAUAUUCAGAAACUAGAAACCAGAAGUAUUAUUAUCAAUUUCUCAACUGCAAUGUACAGUAAGACAAUAUAGGAAAAUGGGAUGAAUAUCAUCUUUAAGGAGCACUUUUUAAUAACCAUACAGUAUGUUAACUCCUAUAGAUUUACCUUUGUUAUUCCCUAGCUGAGAAAGAUUUAUUAGCGAGGGUAUGGAUUUGCGUGACUAUAUAAUCCCCAAGCAACAAUAGAUAUGGAAACAUGCAUGUUUUUGUAAAUGCAUAAGAUCAGAUGAGACUUUAAUUGAUGCAUAUUCUCUGUUGUGUUUAAACUGGCAAUGCAGUUCCUGAGACUCCUGCUGUCUCUCUGGCCAGUUGUUGCCACAUUGUGAGCUUCGAUGACAGUAUAUCAUUUAAAACUUUAAGUCUUUUAUAAUUGUUUGACAAACGCAUGUUUGUUAGGUACACUACAGAUGACAUCCAGCAACUCCUUCACUCACUUCAUAACUGUCUGGUUAAAACAUUUAGCUUUGUCUGUGUGUAUUCGUAAAUGGCCAAAUUCCAGUACCUUUAUCAUUGGUUCGUAAAAUUUCUUAACUGAAUCUGAGUGUUAUCCUGAGUGUUCGCGAUUGUAAAUCUUUUGAUUAGACCAGGCUCCUGUGAGACCCGCCCAUAGUUGUUGCCAUGAGAACAUCCUCUGUCUCCCUCUCUUCUCUCUCAGUCUUUCUCAUUUCCAGUCUGAAAGGGUUGCAUCAGGGGGCCUAGUUUUUCACCCAACCAGCACUUGGUCUUUCAUGCAAAACCUCCUCCCAGUGCAGCGAAAGGACAUCCUGUCACUGACUUUGAGAUAUUUUACAUGAAGGAAGCCAAGUGUAUUGAUAACUCAGUUUAACUUGCAGUCCUGGUGAGGGCUGUUAAGUUUUGUACACGUGUCUUGGUUAGUUGCAAAAACUGGCCUUUUCCCAAGCACUGGAGUUGAGAAACAUCUUCUGCCUGUGGAGAGACUGCCAUUCUCCCCUCUGGCAAGGCGUUCCACUGUCCUGUGCCCCCAAGAGGCAUUGCCAUACUAACGUACUGUACUGUUCAAAGUACUGUUCCCUUCAAGCUUGACUGGCACAUGAAUAUUCAGAACCACCAAUUCCAAGCCUUCAUGAAUUUCUUUCAAAGGAACAUGUUUAUAGUAAGGUUUAGAGUGGUUGAAGUUAGCUACUUUACAAGUGUCUCAUACAAAUGAAUUUACUUUUUUUAAUUUUUUAAUUUUUGUAAAGUGACCCAAUAAUUUGUUGGAAUGCUUGAUUUAUAAGUUAUAGCAUUAUAUUGGAGAACCAGACACCGUUUUGUGUAAAAAAAAAAAAAAGAAAAAACCCCACUAAAGCAGAGUUUAGUUCAUGAAUGUGAAAUAUUAUUAUUAUUAUUAUUUGCACUGUUGCUUCUGGUAGUGUUCUCAUUCUGGUCUAUGCAUGGUGAAUAGUGUCCUUUUAUCUGUAUUGGUUCAGCUUUUUGGAUGCUUUAUGAUUAAGGAACAUGGUAAAAGGUUGAAUUCAUACAAAACAUACAGAAAUUUGCCACAUAAAUUUUAAUCUGAUAUUUGUGUUUGGGAUAGGGGAAAUUGUAUUGCACUUGUAUAGUUAAUUAGCCUAUAUAUAUAUGUCGAAUACCAAUUUAUCUUAUUCCUAAACACAAAUACACAAAGAUAUUUGUAUUUUAUCUCCUCAAUUCUUAUUAAGAUGGCAAAACAAUAGGUUUUCUUUCAGAGUAAAUUAUCGUAUUUAUACAAAUGUACCUGUAAAUAAAUACCUACAGUAUUGUACAAAGCAACCAAA